AUCUUCGAUGGGCAGUCCCGUGGCGUCUGGAGAACGCCUACGGGUCUUUUAUAUAUAUAUCCCAACCUACAGAUUCCUGAGUCCUGAACAGCAAGUCCAGCCUUUGUUUACGAAUGCAUAUAUAGGCGGGGCGGAGAUUUGCACCAAUAGGUGAGGUUAAAGUCCAUAUUCUGUCGUCGUUGGCAUACAGUUAUUUUCACUCGUCACUGGGAUCACAAGUGUCACGGAAUAAUAAAAGUUGUUCGUGCACAGAAACGGCGUUGCUUGAUCCACACAGAAGAAAAAAAGUGUUGACACAAGCAUUCAUUUCCAAACACCAUCACAAGAAAGGGAGACAAAUAAUUUUCGAAUAAAGGAAAUCAACAACGACAUCUCGAAAGAUGCAUCUCAUAAUAGGAGUUUUAAUCUUCUGUCUGGCCAACGUUUGCGAAGGAUCAAAAGCCUGGGACUACAGCGAUACGUCUAAAUGGAAGAACGACUACCCCAAGUGCGGCGGAAGCAAGCAAUCCCCGAUAAACAUUGUCAACCCGAAAUGCGACAAAAGCUUGAACAACUCCAUCACUUUCACGAAAUAUGAGUCCGCUGGAAGCAGUAAAUUCAAACUUACCAAUAAUGGCCAUAGUUUACAAUUGAGUACAUCUAGUACGGGGGCUUCUAUUAAGCUGGGUUCGCUUGGUACAUUCAAGUUGGAACAAGUCCAUUUUCACUGGGGGAACAGCAAAAGUCAGGGCUCGGAACAUGAACUGAAGGGAAAAACUUUUCCAGCCGAGAUGCACAUGGUCCACUAUGACUCCAAGUAUGCAUCAUUGGCGAUAGCAGCACCCAAAUUUGACGGCCUUGCCGUUCUCGGUGUCUUUAUCGCGGUUGGAAACAACAACCCUACCUUUGACAAGUUUUUGAACUUCGCCACCAAUGUCACUCAGAAUGGGAGCAGCGUGGAUAUAGCACCAUUCAAGAUGGAGGAUUUGUUGCCUGAAAACAAAAACUCCCUCUACCGCUACAGAGGCUCUCUUACCACUCCCCCAUGCUAUGAAUCAAUAGCAUGGACGGUAUUUGAUCAGAAAAUCCAGAUUUCUGAAGCCCAGCUUGCAAAAUUCCGCACUCUAAAGGACAGCCACGGCAAAACUCUUCAGAAUAACUUCCGUCCACCACAAGCGCUGAAUGGUCGUAAAAUCACUUACUGGAACAACACGAAAUGUUCAGUAGAUGACAGUGGAGUUGCUGCCCUUGGAGGAAGCGUCUUCACGGCUCUUGUAUCUCUGCUUCUUUUUGCUGUUCUUUAAACGCUUGGCGUUACAUCUUAGGGUAAUUUUGUAGUAUUUAAUUGAGCUUAUAUUGUCAUGAGUAUAUCUUCUAUUGAAUUAUUUUAGAUGUUAAGGUAGUCUUAUAAUUAAUUUGCGGUUUUGAAUCGCUAUUUACCGAACUAGAUAAGUAAUUUAAGUAAGUAAUUUAACUUCAUAGAUUUUCUGUAUCUAAACUCAAGUUCAUGCAAUUUGUUAGGACAAAGGGAUCAUUAGAUUGCAACGCGAUUGUAGAAAUCCUGAAAUAGUUUUAAAUAUUAAUUGUUUUGGGGACAAACACGGAUGUUUUUUGACAGCACGUAGACUUAAGCGAAUGCAAGUACUCCAUUAGCAAAACGUCGAAUUUAAUAUAAUAAAGAGUUGUAUAGUUAAAUCAUAAUAACAUUCA